AUGGAUUUUACACCCAUUCUCCGAUGCGAUGACCUCGACACGUGGCGUACGGCCGACGAUGCAACCGACUUUGAGGUUGCCAACACGGCUGUUCACACGCCUGACGAUGACAUGACCAAAAUCCAGCGAAAUGCAAAGAUUUGGCGCACAGCCGGACACGAAAUCGGAGUCCAAGUGCUUCAAAAGUGGAGUACGGAGCCGAAAAACAUCACUUCCUUGGCUGGCUAUCAUGGGUUCAAUGAGAAAUGCGUCGCCAAUUUUGUUGAUACAGUCGUUCCCGACAUCAUUCCUGCAGGCCUCAAACUCCUCCAUUCCAAGUUCCGUGUCGAAGUUGCCAAGGCCUUAUUCCAAGAAUACUCAGUAGAGUCUGGAUCUCUUCCCGAUUCCAUGGAUGCUCUCUAUAUCAACAGUCGCACCAGGGUCGACGCGUUGCCUGAGGGAUCCAGCCUACAGCUCCUCAUUGGACCUAUCGAACUCAUGAACAUGUACACGCAUAAAAGCGCCCUCAAAAGGUUCGUUGACCAAACUAUCCAAUCAAUCAAAGUGCCAAUCUUUCUACCAAUCACACGCGGUGUGAUUUCAUCAUCGGAUGCAGAGGAUAACAUAAUAGAUCCUGCGGCUACGAUUCUUAUUCAAGCUGCACAAAUCCUCUUGUUCGCUCCCACCAAGUGGCACAAGGAUAUCAAAUACACUCGACUCACAGAUGAGUACAAACGACGCUAUCCAACUCCUCCAGGUCACGGGGGAGAUUGUCGAACAGUCGCAGGAAUGUUCAGCCUGGAAGACCUCCAUCGCGCCGUUAUCUUGGUGUAUCUCGCCAUCUAUCGAAGGGUACAAAAUGGAACUGCCGGCCUCAAAACUCAACGUGCGCCUCAGCCUCGCGGCACGUUUUCGGGUUACUACGAUGUUGAGCGGCAAAUCCCCGACGACACCGCUGGCAAGGAGGGUGCCUCUCAGCUAGCUGUGGCGCGAUUCAUCAGACAUCCUUUGCCUGUCCUGCAAACCGGUUUGAUUCAACCGUCGCCAACAACCGCUUCCUCAGAGUCACGCUCCACGCGAGCUGCCGCCCCAGAUAUUCCUUUCACGCCUUGCGAGAAGAUUGAUUACCCCCCGAAUCUCGAUAAGUGGCUUGAGAUUCGUGAACGAUUUGACUGGGACGACCCGGAUCAGGUUUUUGCUCGUGUUUCCGAACAUAUCACAUCUUUCAAUGCGCUGGUCGGAGACCAACAUCUCAUCGAGUUUGUCGAGCGAGGCAGCGCUUCUACCGUGAUACAAGAAUUUCUUGCAUUGCACCCAGAGGAUGAGAAAGGAUUGAAUGACGCACUCUUGCGCUCAUACGCCUUGGAGACUGUCUUCAAUGGCCAUCCCCCUCCCGAGGAUACAGACAUCAACGCAGUUUGCUCUCGCUUCGGAAUCAAGCCAUACCCAUCUCUCGAGCUUUAUCCUGAUCAAGGGUUUCAACCACUCAAGCCACAUCAAGUAGCAGGUGUCAUUUUCCAGAAGCUAGAUACGAUCGGUCACAUUCUUCUCAGCAACGAGAUGGGCUUGGGCAAGACUAAAGUCUUCAUCUCCAUGAUCGAAUGCCGAGCUCGUGAACUAGAGGCCAAAUUCAAAAUCUUGCAUGACGACAACAACCGCGACAUUUUUUUCCCGACAUUGGUGGUGAACCCCCCCAGCAUUAUUCAUCAAACACAUGCAGAGAUGAAAGCCAACUUUCCUGGCCUGAAGGUUUUGAUGUAUUAUGCCUCCAAGAGUCAAUCGCGCAAAUUCGACUCUGCCACAAUUCUCGAGAAGAAUGAAUUCCUACAAGUUCUCCGCAAAUUGUCGAAUAGUGACCCCCAGACCGCUCGAAUAGUCAUCAUGACAACUUACAACACUCUCCAUUGCCGUGAGGUUUCACGUACCGAACGCCGUUUCAUUUUCCUUGAACGAAAGGAGAAGGGACCUACCGCCAAACGUCCCAAAACCAUGACCCCUCCACCCAUUGAUUCUACCGAGGUAGAUGACGCUCUUAGGGCAGAUUGCAACGGCGACAGUUCGGACUCUGAUUCAGACUACUAUACUCCUGCUGAGAUGCUCGCCUUUCAGGCCAGACGUCCUGAAACCACUCCCAAACUUCGGAAGUAUCAUAAAGGUGACUUGGAACUCAAGAACAAAAGGUUGCAUUUCUUGAAGGGCCACGAACGCGCACUUCCCGAUGGGUAUUUGGUUGAAUACAACCUCGUACGCCCAGCCCUUGGGGAUGUUAAAUGGGGGUUCCUCAUCGUGGAUGAGGCACAUACCGCACGACGCGUCGAUGGCGUCACGGGAACUCCCUUAAUGGGAUCUCUACACGAUAUUAUCUCCCCACUGUCACUUAUCUGGUCCAAAUUGGAUAUCGAGACCCCCCCAAACGGCGAUAUCGGCAUAGGCUACACUCAGGGUUUAUGGGAAGAAAACUAUGAUCCGAACAUCAACAACACUUGGCCCAACGGCAAGGAGACCAAGGGUAUCUUCACCGAGAAGUUUUUGAAAUCCUGCCCAUCCGAGGGAUGGACACAAAUGCAAGAGUUUUACAAGCGCACGGGAGUGAAAAUAUGGCAAAUAAACCCAACUCUGGUCGAGAGAGCUGGUCGCCAAGCUGAGUGGUCCAGUGCAUUCGGACAAAAGGUAAUGUCAGUGGUCCUGGGAAUGGUGUCACUCCACCGCACCCAACGAUCACGCCUCAUUCUGCCAGAUGGACAAGUUUGCUUCCCAGCAGCAGAUCUUAUGCCCAUGACAAUAAUAACUGAGGAGCUCAGUUAUGACCCCGCGCGUCGGCCACUUGUUCAAGAACACGGUCGUAACAUAGCAGCCAGAAUCUUUGUGGCCGGCCCAUCGAACACAACUCAGAACUUCACUCCAAGCCAGAAUGUGCCGCCAAGCGGUGCACAAGAAGGCUCACUGAACUUUGGUGCAUACAGGCAAGGUGUUCUAGUGGCAUAUGAUUGGCGCAAUUCGCACAUCUUGUAUUCGAACGUUGAGGAGAUUUUCGGCGGGGAACCUGAUGCAAUCGCCAAUACCCUCCGCUUGUUGCGCGACUCCGGGGGUCUGACAGAUACGCAAGCAAAACGCCUGCAGCAACGCACGGCCAAGCAUUCAAUGCCCACAGUUGGCGUGAAUCAUGUUCAGAAAUUGCUCUCAUUCGACAAUAACCAAGGAUUGGACUACUUCUUCACUAGGACUUGUCUUGAUCCAGAUGUCCUCCCAUUGACAGAUCGCGCCGCUUGGAUUUACUGGCUUACUGCCACAAGCCCUGUGCUGGCACGAACGAUUGAGUUAUGCCACCGCUACGUUCACGAGAGGAAAGAGCGCGUUCUCAUCUAUGUAGACACGCCGUGGAUUCAACAGAUGAUGUACAGCGCGCUUUUAAUGGCCGGUUUCAAAUCGCUGACGGUUCGUUCUUCGGACAAACCGAGUGCGAAAAUCGAGGCUGUCCAAAAAUUCUCAGAUCCUCGCUCGGACGCUCAAGUCUUUAUCGCCAACAUCAAUAUCAUGUCUACCGGACUCAACCUCCAUCACGCCUGUUGCUUUGGCAUCCUGGCGACUUUCCAUUUCAACGCCAAAACCAUCCAGCAAGUGCACGGGCGACUCCAUCGCUUAGGUCAAAAGAAGGUUGUCGUUUGGCAUAACCUCAAGGUGAAAGAUUCUUUUCAUGACUACCAGGAGAGGAUGCUGUUGACAAAAUGGUCUCGUCAAUUGUCCGCGGAAUCCAACCUUCCACGAUGGAUGACAGGGACCCUCCGAGAAAUCGUGCUAUUCGAGCUUAUACGCUCCUACUUCCACCAACCUUUCAACCGCUACUCCUGGGUUAUCCUCGCCGAUCGAGAUGGAAAGGCUAUGGCCUAUUACUCUGAGGAGGCUAUCAAGCUUGGAUAUGCUUGCUCGGCAUUGGCCAAACUCAGCUUAAACACAGAAAAGGGGGCUUACUGGAUCGAGAACGACGAUUACAUAGCCACCGCGCUUCUGGAACUCGUGGCAAGCGUAGAAUUGAAGCAGACAGAGCCAUGGCUGACAAUGGAUGAGAGCCAACUCCGAGUCGCUAUGGAACUUGAGAAAUUCAUUCACGGGGUCAAAAACGGAGAGUCUUUGCGCGAGAAGGCCAAAUUUUUUAGCCAAAGGGUCAAAGAGCGCCAGCAGACCACGAAUGCCGAUUUUACCCUCGAGGAAAGCUCAGAUAAUACGGAGGAGGUUGUUGAAGAUGAAGACGCCACUGCUGAUGCGCCCCUAAGCAACCAGGGAGAUGGAGAGUAG